UGAUUCAAUCCAUAAGCACUGGGAGAGUCGCCGGAGGGGAGACCGGAGACCAAGAUCGAUGGCGCUCUCUCCUCCCAUCGGCACUCCCCUCUCCUUCUCCUCUUCGGCCCUCAGCCAACGCCCCCUCCUUCUCCGCCGCCUACCUCACCAACAGUUUUAUCCCCCUUUCGCCCACCCUAAUCCUGUCCCCAAUUCCCGCUUCUGGUCUUCCCGCAUCAAGCCUCUCGAAUCCGUCCGAUUCGACCGCCUCCUCAUCAGACACGCCGAGGAGGAGAUGGGGGAAGGGUUCUUCGAAGCGAUCGAGGAGCUGGAGCGCAUGGUGCGGGACCCCUCCGAUGUUCUCGGCGAGCUGGUCGAGCGGCUGUCGGCCCGGGAGCUGCAGCUGGUGCUGGUUUACUUCGCCCAGGACGGGAGAGACUCCUACUGCGCGCUCGAGGUCUUCGAUUGGCUGCGCAAGGAGAACCGGGUUGACGCGGAGACGAUGGAGCUCAUGGUCUCCAUCGCCUGCGGCUGGAUGGAGAGGCUAAUUGGUGGGGAGCACGAGGUUGGGGACGUGGUCGCGCUGCUCAAUGAGAUGGACUGCGUGGGGCUCGAUCCGGGGUUCAGCAUGGUGGAAAAGGUGGUGUCUUUGUACUGGGAAAAGGGGAAGAAGAACGAAGCGGUGGCCUUUGUCAAGGAUGUUCUGAGACGUGGGGGAGUCGGCAGCAGUAGGAUUGAAGAUGGUGGAGUGGGCGACAGAGGGCUAGUUGGGUAUCUCGUGUGGAAGAUGAUGGUAGAUGGAAAUUACUUGGAAGCAGUUCAAUUGGUUAUUGAUUUUAAAGAGAAUCAGUUAAAACCUGAAGUCUAUAGUUAUGUAAUUGCAUUGACAGCACUUGUUAAAGAGCAAAAGGAGUUCUCAAAAGCAUUGCGAAAAUUGAAAGCUUCAAUAAAGACUGGCGCAAUUGACAAACUGGAUGUUGAAAAUCUCAGCAGCAUUGAGAAAUAUCAGUCGGUCCUCAUAAGCAAUGGAAUUCUUUUGUCCAAUUGGGCACUGCAGGAGGGUAGCUCCAUGGUCUCCGGAGUUGUUCAUGAGAGGCUUCUUUCGCUAUAUACAUGUGCUGGUCUUGGACUUGAGGCGGAGCAGCAAUUAUGGCUAAUGAAACUCUCUGGCAAGGAGCCUGACAGGGAGCUAUAUGAUGCAGUUCUGGCAACUUGUGCUUCACAAAAGGAAACGGGUGCGGUUAAUCGGCUGCUUGCUGGGGCAGAGGCUAUGAGUGCCGGGUUCAGGAAGAAGACAUUUUCAUGGCUUCUACGAGGGUACUUGAAAGGAGGGUACAACUUAGAUGCUUCAGAAACGCUCAUAAGGAUGCUUGAGUUGGGCUUAUGCCCAGACUACUUGGAUCGGGUUGCUGUUUUGCAAGGACUAAGAAAGAGCAUACAAGAAUCUGGAAACAUAGAGCCCUAUAUUAAGCUUUGCAAGCUCCUCUCGGACAAAGGUCUCCUAGGUCCCUGUCUUUUAUACUUGUACAUAAGCAAAUAUAAGUUAUGGAUUCUGAAAAUGCUAUAGAAGGUUUGAUCAAAGGAAACCGAUGUACCAACAAAUGUUUAAAUUCAGCUUUGGCGUUAAGUUGUAAAGAAUGAGGCGUCAAAGGGUAGAGAUUGGUGGCACAUGUACAGGAAUAAACCUAAUGGAGUUUUCAAUAAGAUUUCACAAGGAUCAUUGUUUUCUUUGUAAUUCCAGUCAUUGCUGUAUCUUGUAUAGUUGGAUUCUUCAUGGAGGUAUAGUGCGAAUGUGAUUUCUAAAUUGUUCAUUUUGUAUCAUUAACUGGUUUCUCUUUUGCUA